GAAAUAAAAUAAUCGUAUGAGUGUGGAAAAAGCCUAAGUUAGCAGGGCAUGCUGGAAAAAUAAACAAAAAAGAAAUGACGAGUCUGUAGUAAUAUAUAAAUAGAAUAUUACUUAAUUGGGCAUUAAAUCGUUUCUUGUUUUUCGGCAUGCUACUUCAUUCUGCUCCAUCAUUCCUCAUUUCAGCAAAGCUUGAGGACACUGGAUUUCAAUUUUGGUGAAUUAAAAAGUACCUAAAGCCCGACCAGACCAGACGCCGUGGCCGUGCUUGCUUGAAUACAUACGGAACCUCCUCAACCCUCCCCGCCGGAACUCUGGCUCAGCUCGACUUGGGUUGAGGUGGUGGACGUGGGUUGUACUUUUCUUGCCUGGCUUGAGCUUGGACUUGGUGCACUGCACUGGUGGGGUUUCCUCUUACUUUUCUCGAGUCGUCGGGCUCAGCUUACGCGCGCCGACAGGAGGCAGGCGAGAGGACUAACUUUAAUACUAACGUAGAUGAAAGAUGUUCAACAACAACAAAACUAGCAACCCACGAUCUUUGUCUCAAGCUCCUCCAGCAUGUACAGCAUCGGGUGAUGGAAGGAGGAGAUGGCAGCUAGGAAGAGUCACUAGGGGUCAGAAGAGGUCAUCAAACCUUGGACCAGAGGUCAAGCAAGAAUGGGAUAGGGUCCAGGAUGACUUGAAACGGUUUCAGCAGAGUUUUGAUGCUGGGGUGCAGAAUUUGGAAGAACAGUCGGAUGCUAAGUCAGCUGUGACAAGAAGUCAUUGGGUGCCAAAUGCAGAGUGCAAUAAUUGCAGCAACAAAUCAUGCAAGCGCCCUCUCUGGGCGAUGUCAAAACACCACUGCAGAAAAUGUGGCCUUAUCUUCUGUGCAAAAUGUCUGCAGUUCAAAAGAAGACUAUCAUCCAAUGCAGAGUAUGAUCCAAACGGAUGGAUGUGCAAAGUUUGUGAGAAAUGUUUUGAUGCCAAAGAACAAGAGACUGGCCAUUCACGAAGGUGGACCUAUGACCUUCAGCUCUUCCGUGCUGCUCGUCAGAAACGGGACAGUUCUAAACUUACCAGGUCUGUCAUAGAAAGAGUAUGUAGGAACCUUGUGGGAGGAUUCCAUACGCAUCAUUCGUCCAACAUCUCCACACCCCAGACGGCCGGUCCAUCAACAGAGACCAAUGACGGAGGAUCACCGACGAAAAAUCCAUUCAGCUUUUUCAAGCGCAGCGUGUCAAAGGUCGUUAGUCACGGUGUACCCGAUUGGCAGAAACCACCAGGUUGGGUGGCUGAAGGAACUAGCUGCCAAUGCUGCGAUCGUCCCUAUGGUAAGCUGGAAGGGAAGUCCAACUGUCGGAUCUGUGGAAGGCUAGUCUGCAAGCCACAGUCUUCGAGGGACUUUCUGCUGUAUACACCGGACAAAUCAGACCGGACUGAGCUUGGUUCAGACCCUCGCUGGGCUAUCAUCAGAGUCAUUGGGAGCCCAGAAGUUGAACCCGAUGACUGUCUUUAUCUACGGGUAUGCCAUUCAUGUAAAGAACAGCUUACAGUGAUUCAGGUUGAGGAUUACCAAAGAGUGAGCGAGGAAGGGGGUAUGACGUAUAUCUGUCUGCAACAGCUUGCCGAGAUCUACUCAGAUAUCAUCAAAGUUCAGACGAAGAUUGAUGCCAGUUUACCUGAGUUUCAGAAAUUGAUUGAUGGUCUUGAGAUUCAGGCAGGAGCACCUACCAGUCUACCACCAAACAGGAACAACAUGCAGCUACUAGCUAAACAUCAGGGAGAUUUAUCGGAUCACCUUUCUUUGUUUGUUAUCACCGUUGGUCGAUUGAAAAGACUAGAACCACAGAGCAGGCUGCAAGUGAAGCUAGUCAAGAACCUUAUGUCUUGUAAACUCAGCUUCUACCAAGAAACGAACAGUCUUUAUAGACAACUCAAGAAACAGCUUGGUGAAAUCACCCCACAGGAGGUUCUUCAAGAAAUACAGACCAUCGUAGAUGAAAAGGCCAUCAACUCUGCUUGUUUAUCCCUGAAUCAGCUUGCCUUUGAGGUCCUUCAUCUGUGUCUCAAACACGACCUAGAGCAGAGCUUACCACUCACAAUCAAACAAGCGGCCGAGGUUUGUGAGUCGGACCUGAAGAAAAAGAUGGAAUCAUCAGGAGAGGAUUGGGAGGAGCAUAAAAAUCAGAUCAAUGCCUUUGUCAAAAUACAAAUCAAGGGAGAUGAGGAAAAUCAUUUCAAGCCGCGCCUUUACAUUCGUCCUUCUCGUCGCAGAACGAAGAGAGAGGGCGUGCUCUACGUGGAGUGGUUUGUCAACCAGAGAACGUCGGAAGUCGCUGAAAAGAUCCAUGCUCAGUUGGUGAGCAGGACUGCCGAUCGUAGCUUUAAACGAACAAAGUCAUCCAUAGAAGAGCUCAGAUCAAGCUUCAUCGAUGAAGACAAAAAUGAUGACAAGAAUGGUUGGACGCUUCUUUAGUACUCAAUAUUCUUCAGUGGUACAUAAUGCUGCAGAGGUUUAAGCCACCGCACACCUUACGACUCGACUAGUCUUCGACUGGUCUGCAACUGAGUGAGGGGAAAGGAAUCACAAGGUAGUCAUAAGCCUCGACACCUUGCGAUCCGACAACCAUGCUGUCUGCGACUCACGUAUGCGCUUCUUGCUUUUUGCCAUAGCACUUCGAGAAAAUACAUGUAACCCCUUCUACUAGGUAAUCGAAUGCGCGUUGCAUAUCAAGCACGCAUCGGUAUUUAAGUGCGACUCUGCUGUCUGAUUGGCUGGAAGUUGGAUUAAGCUUGCGAUCCAGUUGUGAGGAUUCGACAGGUCAAAUCCUUACGGUUUUCCUUUGUGAUUUGUCUCUAACCGGUCGGCGACUCCCAAGCUGACAAGAGCUGUCAGUGACGUCAAAUCUCCCUUCACUCAGUGGCCGACCAGUCGGGUCGUGAGGUGUGCGGUGGCCUUUAUACUUAUAGGCCCGUAUGCUGAAGUCGGGUUUAACUUAAACUCAGGUUUAAAGUUGCGGUUUAAGUAUGGAUAGCCAAUUGUUACAUAAAUCAUUAACAGUACAGAUACCAUAUUUCAGCUCCUUUGGCUCUCAAAUCAUUCAUAAUUGUCUAGGAAGUAUAAAUAGAUGAUUGUCUUCACCAUCAAUGAAUCGAGAAAGAGCACAGUAAACAUAAGAUACAUACAACUUAAUAAAAAUUUUGACACUUUUGGCUUCCCAUAAUUUCAGCACAGAGUUUGACCAUGGUCCAAGUUAAACCUGACUUCAGAAUACGGGCCUCAGUGUCAGUUGCACUUGAGACGCUGGUGGGUCUGAUUUGUGUGAUGGAAAUAAUGUCCAUGUUUUAAAGGGGGUACUCCGGGCUGGGAAUAUUUAUAUCUAAAUAAAUAGAGUAAAAUUCAUUGAGCCAAAUGCUGAAAAUUUCAUCAAAAUCUGAUAACAAAUAAUAAUAUGCAAUGUAUUUUGUAAAUUGCAAAAAUGUUGUCGAUCAUAAUGACUGAUUGUUUUUCCAUUGUAUUUAGAAGAAUCCAUGAAAUGAUGUGUUUGAUUUUAAAUUUAUUGGUAAAAUAUAUGUAAAAUUAAUUUCUGAAAACAAAAUUGCAACUCUUGAUAUAUGGGAAAGCAGCUUGCAAGACGUCACAAAAAUAAGUUUAGGAAUAUCACCUGUAUGUAAUAUUUAUUGCUUAAGGUUAUACAUGUAGCACAAAUGUAAUAUUAUGACCGACUUGAAAUACUUUAUACCAAUCCACUUUCAAAUAGCAGUGUACUUAUAUAUUUGAUGCAUUAUAUGUACUAUUUAUUAAGUGUACUUAUUUACACAAAUCAUGAAUGCAAUCAUGUACAAUCAAUAAUUUAUAAUUUAUAAGAAGGAAUACAUGUAGUAUACCUAUGCCUGAAAUGUAUUAAUCUACGCAAAAUAUCAUGAGUGAAAUAGACUCCUUGCAUGUUUCUUUCCUGGGAACCUAUACUGUAGAAACAAGGCAUUCCUGACACCUGUGAGUUAUAAAUGAGGUGCAUUAAUAAAUAUAUGCUAUGUCAGUUUACCCUAAAUAGACUGGGCUAUUUCGACGCCUAAGAAAACUGGGGGGGGGGGCUGAUUCAGCCCCCCCUUAUGAUCUCAGCCGUCGAUCGAGCGAUCGCAUCGAAAAUUGGCACGCGCGUUACCCAUGGCAUUAUCUCCAAAAAUUAUAAUAUGAAAUUCUGCAAAAAAUCUCAUUGCUCAUUAAUUAUGCUAAUUUAUGCGUAAAAUCAUAAGUUUGCUCUAAAUAAUAAAAUAAUGCCCCUAAAAUGCUAAUUUUUGUUUCACAUACUCUAGAUAGGCAUCUGAUCUAAUUUAUUUUUCAAAAAUUCCAACAUCACAUUUAUUUUCUCAUGUAUUCUAUUGUUUUUUCAAUGGAAAUUGUCGGGGACUUUAUUUUUUACCAUGAACAAGAUAAAAUUAAUUGAUUUUAAGCGGUAAAAGUGAAAAUAAUGAUGCAUUUAAGAAUUUAGCUUAAAACACUAUUUGCAUUGGAUUUGUACACAAAUUCACGUUUUUGAUUAAUUUUGGGUCUGCAUGCACUUACGAAGUGUUGCGUAAUUUCGAAACCGCGUACCCGGGGGUCACAAUUUGGGUCUCAAAAGUGCGAGACUUGAAAGUAAAAAGUCAGCGAGCAACACGGUCAAAAAAUUUCGAGUGGCGUAUUUAUCGCGAAAAAUGUCGAGGGGGGCUGAAUCAGCCCCCCCCCCCCAAAGUCUUCUUAGGGUUAAGCCUCUGGCAAGCUCUCAGGUUGAUAAGAAAAACCUUUAAGGUGUGCAUCAAAUUUGAAUAUGUGAGUAAAAAGGUCUAUUCAUAACUUCUGUAACGCCAAAAUAAUUUAAAUGCAGAAUUUGUUACACAUGUAUUUAUAUACAAUGAAUGUCGUGAAAGUAUUAUUUAUAAGUAAUGUAAAUAGAUAAUACAUUAUUUAUAUAUAAUAAAUAUUGUGCAACCAUUAUUUUUAAAUAAUGGAAAUUGUAAAAUUCAUCUAUCUAGUUCACUACAGAGAAGGCUCAUUAUAAAUGCUGUAUUUAUUAUGAAACCAUUGUUUAUGAAUAAUGAAACAGGCUAUUUGUAUUUGUAAAUGACAUAAUUGUUAAAUAGCGAUUAUAUAAUACAUGUAUAUGAUUUACAAACGGCGUCCCAUAGUUUAGAUACAUGUAUGGUGGUAUCUCCCUAAUAGCUAGUCAAUAAUCACAUACUAUAUGUUUGACAUAAAAGUAUAUACAUGUGUAGGAUAAAAAUAACAAUGAAAUUAUGUACUUAAAUAAAUCAUGGAGCUGCAAGUGUGAAUCAGUACUAAUUUUUUUUUCUGUGAAUGAAUGUACUUAAGUUUUUUAUCAAACAUAUUCCCCUUUUAUAUGAUUAAUCUGAUUACAUUCCAUUUGUUUUAAACUGUGUUCAGAUGAUUGAUGUAUUUGUGUUAACCAUUGGAGGAGAAUAAUACUCGUAGGCGAAAAUUAAGUGGACAUUUCAGUGAUUUGCCAAUUUUUUUAGAUUUAAAAUUACAAAUCUAAGUCUAUUGCUGCAAUACCUGCAUCAAGGUUUUUAUAAUUGUGAAAAAUCUGAGCUUGAAUAAACUUUACCAUCAUGGUAAGUUGCAAUCAAAUGGUAA